UCUCCCUUUACACCCAUUCUCGCGCUAUUCUAGUUUCAUCCUUAAUUAUUUUCAAACACCAUGACGAGAGGCACCAAAUUAACCUUAACCUUCUCCAUCUUCCUCCUGCUAGCUUUACUUCCAUCUGUAGUUGUUUCAGAGUGUACAUGUGACAAAGAAGAAGGAGAUCGCAACAAAGCCAAAGCUCUCAAAUACAAAAUAGCAGCCAUAGCUUCCAUUAUCAUUACCAGUGUAAUCGGAGUUUUGAUUCCAUCGUUAGGAAAGUUUGUUCCGGCAUUAAAACCGGAGAGGGACAUCUUCUUCCUCAUCAAGGCCUUCGCCGCCGGCGUGGUAUUAUCCACCGGAUUUGUUCAUGUGCUUCACGAUGCAUUCAACAACUUGACAUCCCCUUGCUUGAGUGAAAAUCCCUGGUCUGACUUUCCCUUCACUGGUUUUGUGGCUAUGUGUACCGCUAUGGGAACCCUAAUAUUGGAAACAUUCGCCACUGCGCAUUUCAAGAAACUUCAAAUGAAGAAAGUCCAGAUUGAGCCCAGUACGAGAGACGAUGAAGAGAAAAACUCAGAACACGAAGGAGAGAUUCAUCUUCAUACUCAUAAUGCAACACAUGGUCAUCUUCAUGGGUUGACUGAUACUUCUGACUCAUCUGAUCAGCUCCUUCGUCAUAGAAUCAUAUCACAGGUAUUGGAGCUGGGGAUAAUAGUGCAUUCAGUUAUAAUAGGAAUUUCUAUGGGAGCGUCUGAGAGUCCCAAAACCAUAAAGCCUCUGAUUGCUGCUAUGGCUUUUCAUCAAUUUUUUGAGGGCAUGGGCCUUGGAGGUGUUAUCUCUCAGGCAAAGUACAAGAACAGAACCGUAGCAAUCAUGGCAGCGUUUUUUGCUCUGACAACUCCGGUGGGAAUAGCUAUUGGUAUUGGAAUUACAAAUGUUUACGAUGCAAAUAGUGAGAGUGCUCUUAUCAUUGAAGGAAUUUUAAGUACAGCAUCUGCUGGACUCUUAAUCUAUAUGGCACUCGUUGAUCUUUUAGCUGCUGAUUUCAUGACUGAGAGAAUGCAAAACAAUACUCGUCUUCAAAUUGGAGCAGCUAUUUCUAUGCUUAUAGGUGCUGGUUUAAUGUCUUUUUUAGCAAAAUGGACUUGAAACUUAUAGUUACUUGUAAUAUUUUUCGAACUUGUGUGAGAGUCAACGCUUUCUUUGUAAUUUUUUAUAAGUAGUACUUGUGUGUGUGAGUCAGUUAAAUAAGCUCUUCCUAGUGGUUACUCGAGUUUCAUUUGGUCAUGAGACCUUGAAGUUUAGAAGGAUCGGUCUAGCCACCCCAUAUCAGAUAUGGAAUAUCCUUUAGAUUAAUCUUCUAAUUUCUGUAUGAUUCAAACUUUGCCUGUUUGUAUUAUCUUGUGUAUGUAUAUUAUGUUUGAGUUCAAUAUAAAUUUGACUCUCACAGUUUUAUCAA